UUUUGUAGAAAUGGCUUCAGUGAAAUUGAAACUUCUUAUGUGAGAAGAAGAACUGUUAAUAAGAAAGAGGGUAUCGAUGUACCUCGUAUAUUUGUUCAAGCAAAAUACAAGAAACUGUGAACGAAAAAUUCAGCUAUAAAAAAUGUUUUCGGCUUUGAAAAAGUUGACCGUUGGAGGAACCAGACAUGAAGGCGAAGUUAUUACUCCUCCAGGUCUGCAGACAAUGUCUAAGAUCUUGCAGAGUAAAUUUUCCAAAGGCGUUCAAUAUAAUAUGAAAAUUAUCAUCAAAGGAGAUCGAAAUGUAGGAAAAAGUUGUCUGUUUAAUCGACUACAAGGUCGUGGAUUUACUGAAACGUAUACUCAAACUGAAGAAAUCCAGGUUACCAGUAUUCAAUGGAAUUACAAAGCUACAGACGAUGUGGUUAAAGUUGAAGUUUGGGAUGUCGUUGACAAAGGCAAAAAGCGCGUCAUGUCGGAUAACUUGAAGUUGGAACUUUCAAACGGAGCCGCAUCUCCGGAGGUCGCCGACGUUCCUGCAUUGGAUGCUGAAUUUUUAAACGUUUACAAAGGCACGAACGGAGUUAUUUUGAUGAUGGAUAUUACCAAAAGUUGGACGUUCGAAUACGUGCAACGCGAAAUCACCAAAAUUCCAAGUUCGAUACCGGUGCUUGUUUUAGGAAAUCAUUGCGAUAUGUCUCAUCAUAGAUCUAUUACUCCCGAUUACGUGCUUUUUUAUCUGGAAACGUUACAAAGAUCAGCACCUGCUCGGUAUGCAGAAAGUUCCAUGUCGAACGGUUUCGGGCUGAAAUUCUUGCAUAAAUGGUUCAACUUACCAUUUCUGCAGCUUCAAAGGGAAACGCUGCUUGCGCAAUUGAAUACCAAUCAAAACGAAAUCACCAUCACGACGCAAGAGCUCGACUUAUACCAGCAAACCGACGACUCGAAUUAUAAAAUAUUUCUAGAAAGGCUAACAGCUCGUCGUAGACAAGUCGCUGAAGCUCAUUCGACUGCUCCUACGUCAGGCAUCGUGGUCCAAACGCAGCACAGUUUCCCUUCUGUCAACGUUAAUAAACCGGAAACAAAACCAUCAGUCGUGGAUGAAAAACCAAGCGUACCAGAAGAAAUUACUGCUGUACCUGUGGAGAAACCUGUUAGUAGUCUACCGAAGGCCGUAGUUGAAAUCAAAACACAUCAAAGUGCGCCUCCAGUGCCUCCACCGAAUGUUCCUUCGAAAAACGACUCUUCGGUGAAUAUCGAAGAAUUUGUGCCGGAUGAUUAUUUAGAUAAGUCGUUUCUGGAUGAAGUCGUUACGACAACUGCUAUCGUUCAUAAAUCUGCUCACAACGAAUCUGAUAGCGAGAACGAGGUUUCUGGUAAUCCUUUAGUUUCUGGUUUUCAAGAUGAUCUGGAUCCAGAUGAUGCAUUUUUAGCGAACGAUACCCAAGAAACCAACGAAGGUUUUACUUCGGUAAACAGUUUAAAUAAAUGGAUGUCCGCUGAACGUCGAGGAAGCCCCGAUGGCGGAGAUGAUUCCUCAAAAAUCAACAACGACAACGAUAUUCAAUCUACCAAACGAGAAUCUCGUAAAUCGAAAUCUGAUGAUAAGUCUAAGAAAAAGAAAAGCAGUUCGAAGAAAAAACCUGCAAAGGUAUCCACUGAAGAAGAUACCUUGGAGAAUUUUCUGAAUGAUGAUUCGCCCUCCGCCUACGAAGCUCUGUGAUCUUCAUGAUGUGAUUCAAUUCAACGAAUAAUAUUCCCGUUCGACGAGUGUUUUCGUUCGGUUGCUACGUCAUCCGUUGUUCCAUUUUUUGUUAUUUUGUAAUUUUACAUCUUUUUUUAGGCGAAAUUUAUCGCUUUCAUUGACAGGGAUUGCCGCGAUACUGUUUUAAUGAUUGUUUACUCAAUUGUUUGUUUUAUCAUUGUGAAUCGAGCAGGUUUUUGGUAUUGAUUUUUAUUCGUGUUUUAAUCAGCGAUAUUUAUUGAUUUUGAAUCACCUGUUCAGUGUCUCAAAAUCAUCGAAUGGGUAAUUCAUUUAUUUCAACCGAUCAUCGUUUAAUUCACAAGGUACCAUCAUGAUUGUUAUUAUUUAAUGUGAUUUAUUUACUUAAUGAUUUAUCGUUGUUUCAAGUAUCAGCGGCACCCGUGUUCUUAAUGGAACUGAUAUCAUCAUCAGUGUCACUGUCGUUGAUGAAAUUCAUUUUAUUCGUAAUUAUUACGAAUUACUGCUUUAGAAUGUUCGAUUUGUUUACGAAUUGAGAAAAAUUGGUACGUUUGUGUUGUUCACGAUCUUUUUUUUUGUUAUCGCAUGUAACGAGCCUUAUAUCUAAUUCACCCUUCGCCACUUCAGUUUGUUCGAGUGGUUGAAACCCCCGUUUGAAGUAUUGUUUUUGUUUUUAUUGUAUUUUUGUUACAAAUUUAUAUUGUAUUACUUACUUGUUGCUUAUUUCAUUUUAUUUAUUCAUUUUUUUAAAACGCUGUUAACCUUUGCAUCUUUGUGUUAGUUAAGUUUUAUUAAAAUUGCCUCUGAUCAUCUA